AUGUCAGCUAAAGGAAUCCAUGAGGCGCUAAUUGAUCAAAAGGCUGAAUUUCUGAAGAUAGAAAUCGAUGAGCUGAAAAAACGCGAAACAAGUUUAAAAAAGAUGAAUGAAUCUUUGAUUUUAGCAGUCCAGCAGUUUAACCCGUUUCAGGUAAAAAUCAUAUAGGAUCUCGCAUUGGAAGAAUUAAAAAAAGUGAAUGAGCAGCAUGAAAGAGAUAUAGAAAGCAUGAAAAAGAGGUAUAAUGAUAAGAUUGCAGCUUUAGAAAAACAAAACCAUGAUUUGAUAUUACAAAAUAAAGAGCUGAAGCUUGAUCUCAAACACCAAAAUUUCAGAUUCGAGGGAGAAAGGCAUGAUCUACAGGCAAAAAUCCAGUCUAUGGAAACUGAUAAGCUAACAACCCUUAGCUCACCUAAAGCUCUAAUAAGUCCGAAUUAUCAAGAAAAACUGAGCUUUGAGCAGGAGUUUAAGUAUAACGAAUUAAAAAAGAAUUUCGAUGAAGAAAAGGAAGAGCUAAGACUCAAGGCUCAACAAGCUGAGGAAAGCAUUGUUUCUUUAAAGAACAAUUACGCGAAAGAAAUAGAGACCUUGAAGGUUCAAUUAAAAUCUCUCCAAUUCAAAAAUAGACAUCAAGCGGAAAAAAUAGAGCAGCUUAAAAGUAAAGAAAAAUUAAUGGUAAAUAAGCAAAGGGCUGAUGAAAUUACGGUGCAGACGACUUCAGAGACUUCAUCAUCUAUGAACUCACAAGAUAACUCUCCUAAAGCUAGAAUUUUCAAGCAAGAAAACAAAUCAAAUAUUCUGAAAAGCCAAGUUUUAAACUCUCAAAGAGAUUUUUUCACCUGUGAAAGCUGCAGAAUACUUAAAGGACAAAUACAAGAAAAAGAAGAUCUUAUAAAAGAUUUGUCAAACAAGGUCGAAAAUGAAAUCUUGCAAAAAGAGAAAAUUAAGGUUGAUAUGGAUAAAGCUUUGAUGGAAAUUAAAAAUCUUAAACAAAUCCAAGUUUUAUCGCACGAAAAAUAUGCGGAAACUGAAAAAUCGCUAAAAAAUGAAAUAAAAUUUUUAAUUGGAAAAGUGUUAAAAGCUAAAAGCAAGCUGGCAGUUGAAUCAGAGCUUAAUGAUUCGUUCAAGAGAGAUGGAAUUUUAAAUACCAUUCGGAGUAGAUCAGUAAAUAAAGCAAGAGGAACUACGAAGCCUCCGUCACCGUCAUUAAGGUCAAUUUCGCCUUUGAAUUUAUCAGUUAUCCCUACAUCUGAAAGUCCAAUUUUAGAAGACCUUGACAAAUAA